AUGUGCAAAACAAAGACAACCCGGUAUGCUCCGCAUGCUCAACCUUCCCAGCAAGCCCAACAUAUGCAACCUCAAUUUCAUUACGGUCCAGCAAAUCAAGGAUUUUCCCACCCAUCUGCUUUCGGUCGUGGAUGUUAUAGUCGCAGAGGCUAUGGUUGUCAUGGACGUGGCGAAAGCGGAUUCGGUGGUGCACCAAGACUUUUCGGAUUCAUCGCCCGUCGCAUGAGGAACAGGAAUGGAAGUGGCAUCGCUCCGGGCGGGGAGAAAGAGCAUAGAGGAACAGUAGAGACACCGACAUAUGGGAUGCAAGAGCCGGCAUAUCAUGAAAGAGAUGUGAUGGAAGCUAAAUGGGAGAAUAUCUCGGUAGAAGAACAUGAUGCUAAGGUUGAUCCAACUGCGGUUGAACAGAAGACUGGAGUUAUAGCGAAGAACGUGGUAGAAGGGAUUGGACAGAGAAGGAUUGAUGAGGCGUUAAGAUCAGGAAUGAGAUAUGAAAGUACAUUUGCUCCACCCGAGUAUAAUGAUACUUUGACCAAGGGUUAA